AUGAGGGAACUGAAGCAUACUAGAAGGAACUGGUGCCAUCAUCGCAUCUCCCGGAGCGACGCCGGCGCUUGGACCUACACUGCCCGGUGGAUAUCGCUAUCACUGGAUGCACGGCAGCAGCCGGGCCCGGCCACCAUGGGGACUUCAGCAUGGCAAAUCAGGCAUGCUGCGGAUCUUUACGCUUUGCCUGCAAGCGAGAUGGAGAUAACCUUCCUGCAGUACGUUGACUGGGUGGAGCUGCUCCACGAGCGAGGAUCCAGUACGAUCGAUGAACCCAAGUGGAACAUUCAGAAGGCUGAACCCUACGCACUGGGCUGGUGUCGACCACAAACCGAUGGCCCUCCGUUGCGAGCACGAAGCCUGAUGCAAGCAGGACGGCUAUGGAGAAAAUAUGCAGGCAAGUUGUGGGAUCUGGCCAAGAAGGAUUUAGAUUGGCUCAUUGCGAAGCAAAAAGAUGGCACUCGCAACUUGAACAAAGUGACCUGUGAUCUUUGGGAAGAGACUACCUCGAAUGACUUCUUUUGGAACAAGGCCGUGAUGGAGGCUGCCUUGCUGGAGGGCAUCCAGCAUAGCCAGGAGGUCGGCGAUGCCACACGGGCGCAAGCGUAUCUGGAUGCGUUGCAAGAGGACGUGGGGGAUGUGACCCAACGGCAUCAAAUCUGGUCGUUCUUUUUUACUGGGAAGUACCUCACAGAGUGCCCCACCACUGGAGCCGGCGCCUCCUGCAAGAAGUACAGGAAAGAGAUCGACGGUGCGGUGAUUCUGGGGUUGGUUCAUGGAAGGACGAUGAUUCCCACGAACGCUUCGCAUUCAUCGGUUCCCCUGCCCACUGAUCUGCGAGUGGCGGAGACUGUAAAGGAGUACAACAAGGAGUUUUGCAGCCUUUAUGCAGUAAACCGCGCAGAGAGUCAGGGCAAAAAUCAAUUGCCAGGUGUCCUGUAUGGCCGCUAUGCCGCAGAUGGGUAUGGAGCCAAGGAUGGUGGCAAUCCAUGGGUCUUGAUCACCGCGGCCUUAGCCAACUUGCUGUACCAGGCUGCAGAGACCAGCAGUGCGACACCGCUGACGCACCAGGAGCUUGCCGCGUGGAAGGCCGCCUUGAACGGAGGCUCCGGCUUCAACGGCUCGCCUCGAGAUUUCUUAGCGGCAGGUGACUCGGUUCUGAUGAGACUGCGGAACCACAUCAGUGAAGAGGAUGACUUGCAUUUGUUCGAGCAGAUCGAUCGAAGUUCAGGGCGGCAGUACAAUGCCAAGGACCUGACAUGGAGCUAUGCGGAAGUCCUGAAUGCCUUGGUCACGCGCCACUCGGCCGCGGCGAAAGUGGCUGCAGCCAGCGGUGCACCAGUGGACGUCGUGGUGCUUUAA